AUGACCUUCUUCAGGGCAGCUGAAGAUGAAUCAGACUCUAUUAAGUGGCUUCCCAAGUCUCCUAAACUGUACAGUGGCCACAACUGGAGUUCCCAGGGUUCUCGCUGGGCCUCAUUGAAAGGAAAGGAGGGUUUGCAUGGUGGUAACCUGUACAAAUUCAGCUCUGCUAAUGGAAAAUGGAGAGAAGGAAGGAUCAGUCCUGAGCAAGAAGCAGAGGAACUCGAGGAUCCUGAUGAUGAACCUAUUUCCAAGUUUUCCGGCAGCCUUUUUGAUAGAAGUGAUAGCAUGCGAGAUCAAAGAAAUACCAGAACAACGCUUCAAGAAAAGCACAAGUUGGCAGUGAAAGGGAAGACUCUUCCAGGAUCUAACACCAAGGUGCAGCCACCUGUGUCAGCAGCAGGCAGCUUCCCCAGCGAGAGCGGCCGGGUCGCGGAGGAGCUGCGGGUGCGGGAUGUGCCGCAGCCCCCGCUGAAGGUAACCAUUACUGUGUGCAGUCAAAUGGGGAGUCUUGGUAUUAGCAUUGCUGGUGGAAAGGGCUCAUCUUCAUGUAAAGAAAGUGAUGAGGGGAUCCUGAUUGCACGGCUGCCAAAAGAUGGUCCAUCAGACUUGGCUGGGGUACAAGCAGGAGACAGAGUGGCUGAGGCAACCUUUGUUUCAGAACCUGCUGCCCUUGAUGCUGGUCCUACUGAGGCUUCACCCAAGGGCAGCCCCUUCCCGACAGUCAACCAUGUCAUAACAAUACCUCGGAUAAUCCUCACACGCCCUUCCACUUCUGAUGAAGAUGCCGACCAGUUGCCCCCAGACCCUGAUGACUUUGAGCCCGAGGAGCCUGACAGCGCAGAAGGCCAUGCCUAUUCAGACUGUCUGAGCAGUGCUUUUUAUUCUCCCUAAUAAAGUACUUUUCUGGCAGGAGUUCAUGGGUCGUUUUCUUUCCCAUUGUUUGAUUACAUUUAAUGUAGUACUUGAACCGCUAUGCCUUAUUUAUAGUGAAAACCAUUACAUGGAGGAUGGAUUUGUGAGAAGAACCCUGUUUGUAUUUCUUUGCCUUGAACUUUCCUUUGGCAAGAACUUGUGAACCUGAAAGUAAAUGCAUGGGGUCAAGUUAUAUGAAUGUCAACACAUGUUUCAGUAGCCACUUGGAAAGGUAUCCUGCAGCACCUAAAUGUAAUGGAGAAAAAAGCAGGUGAUUUUUUUUCAGGAGGUAGUUUACCCAUCUGGAAAUACACUGAAAACAAUUGUAUAGUUGGGUGGGAUUUUUAAAAUCUUGUGUCCAUGUUUUGUCUAUACAGCUCAUCCUUCUAUCUCCCCCAGGUUCCUUUGAUUUGUCCAUUUUAAUGUAAUUUUUUAUGAGAACUAAAAGAAAUACUGUCUUUAAAUAGUGCUAGGUUUUUUUACCCAUUGAGAAAUGUUAUCUGUGUUGGAAUUCUGUAUCUCAUUCUAUUGUAAUAAAGAACAAUUUCUCCAGUUAUAUCAGUAAUGUGAAUGUAUAUCAGAUUUGAACAAGACCUGUAAGUUGUAUUUUAUUACAACAUAUGCAGGAGGCACUUUAUGCAACUAUGUACCUGACAGUGAAGCGAAAAGCAAUUUCUUAUGCAUGAGGAACUGUCUGAAACUUAUUUUUUUUCCUGACUUGUAUAUAAGCAGAACACUUUGCCUUACUGCAGUAUGCCUGUAUUUCACAUAUAUAUAUAUACGUGUGUGUGUGUGUGUGUGUGUGUGUGUGUGAGAGAGUGAGGUAAGCAUUUAAGAACAAAUUGUCCUGUACACCAGUUUUCAAUCCUUUAAUUCUCUUCACUGCUAUUCAGGUUUCUAAUGCAUUUUAAGCUGUUUAAGAAGAACCAUUUGGGACUGUUCUUUAUUUGGGGUUCCACGGUGCUGCCUUAAAUCAGAGGUGGGGUCUGGCCCUGCCAGAUUUGAAUGCCAUGACUUUCUUUUCAUGUACAUUAAGUGUGCAAUGAU